AUGAGGAGGGACAGAGGCCGGCGGCCCCCUUUGGACCCCCCCCUCCGCCCUGCAAAGACGGUCGCUUCCUCUCCGAGCACGAGGCUGAAACGAGGCGGGGGGGGGGAACCGCAGGAACCAAGCGGCGAGGUUCCUCCCCACUGCCACUCCCAUCCGCGCCUCUCCUUGCGCGUUGCCUUGCGCCCCUCUUUAGGAUCGGGGCGGUUUUUCUCUCCUUGGUGCUCAGGGGGAGCGGGGGACGGAUCCGGCACCUUCAAGGACGACGGAUUCUCGCUGCCAGCACACCAAUUCCCAGCCCUCCUCAUGAGCAAAGCUUCGCCGGAAGAGAAGAUGAGGAGCAAAGGGUUGACCUUCGCAGAGAAGCAGCUGAAGAAACACGGCUGGGAAAAAGGUAAAGGACUCGGGAAGCAAGAAGAUGGGAUUUCCGAGGCCAUCAAGGUCAAAGUGAAGUGUGACACGGCCGGGGUGGGCCACCAUCCCGCCGAGGAGUUCACCUUCCAUUGGUGGGACCAUCUCUUCAACGCUUCAGCGGCCAACGUUGUCGUGGAGGCCAGGAAGGACAGGGUCAGAGUGAGGAAGGUCUCCGAGCAAGACGGAAGCGUUAUAAAUAAAAAACCUCGCAAAGCCCAAAAGAACAAGGACAUGCUGUACGGUCGUUUCGUGAAGGCAGCCACGCUGAAGUCCGGCGGAGAAGAACCCUUGAACCCGGUUUCCUCUUCGGACAGCAGCAGCGAUGAGGACGAGAAGCUGGACCUGUCGUCAGCGAGGAGGCUGACGGAUGAGGAACUGGUCCAGGCGUGCGGGGGAAGGACAGCCCAUAAGGGGGCUCGGCACGGUUUCACCAUGAGCGCCAAACUAGCCCGGCUGGAAGCGCAGGAGAAAGCUUUCCUGGCUACCCACCUCCACCCGCCGGAAGCAAAGCCGGGGGAAGAGAGACCCACCCCGGAUGACCGCCGUGGGGCCGGCCCCGCUCGGAGACAGAAGAAAGCCAAGAAAAGAGAUAGAGAGCGGUGGGUUGAGCCCGGGAGUCCCAGGGGCCCGGAAGGGACGGGAGGAGAGGAAGCGAGCGCUCGAGGAGCCCCAAAGGAGAAGAAGAAGAAAAGGAAGCGGAAGCAUCAAGAGGAGGGUGGAGGGUUUGCCGCAGAGGCCACGGAGGAGACACGGAUCGGGGUGGCCGGUCGCAGGCGGAAGACCAAGAGGAAAGCCGACUGAAAGGGGAGGUCGUGGGGCUGCCAGAAGGGUCGUGGACAUCAUCCUCCGAGCCUGGUUCCUGGUGGGUCCCAUCUCCAUUGUGCGAGAGGAGCAGAGAGGUUUGGAGGCGGGCUGCGCUCCUGCCUACCUUUUGCACAUUACGUGGUGCAACGACCACGUGAUAAGUUAACGCCCUGCACUCCACGGGAUGCCAUGCUGACCUUCAAGAAAAUGGACGGACCGUUGGCUGCCCUCGCGCUCUGGACACCCUUGCACUCCAGAAAGAGUUCGCGCUGAAGGGGAGCCGGUUACGAAGCGUUGCGCCUGCAUUUCAGGGGCCCGCGGGCACCCUGGCUUCUCAGCCCUGAUCCCUCCUCCUUCUCCGCCGGGCGCCUCCCCAGAGGCCACAUGAGGCAGACUUCCCCCCCCCCCACAACAAGGGGAGGUCACGAAGCCCAACCAUUAAAAGAGAGGCCCCAGGCAGCGGACGCUGUUGUGGAAACAAUACCUUCUGUUUUAAUAAAAACUAUCGCUUUGAAACAAGAAAGGUCUGACCGAAUUCUUACCAGGGGGUGCCGGAGGCACAGGGGGAAAACCAAACCCGUUCCCGAUGGGGUGACCGCCGAGAGGCCUCUGGAUCUGGCCUUGGUC